AUGGAUGUACCAGAGGGGAAUGGAAACCCUUUGGGCAAUGGACUCGGUCGAGCUAGGCAAACUCGACCGAUUGGUCAAGGAGAUGCUCCAAACCGCCACCAACAGAGACAAGGGAUUGUUCCACCACCAGUGCAGAACCACAACUUUGAGAUCAAGCUGGGAAUGAUCAACCUUGUCCAGAACAAGAUGUUCCAUGGAUUGCCAAGUGAAGACCCCAUUGACCACCUUGAUGAGUUUGAUAGGCUUUGUGAUUUGACAAAGAUCAAUGGUGUCUCUGAAGAUGCCAUCAAGCUGAGACUCUUUCCUAUGUCUCUAGCUGACAAAGCUCACCAAUGGGAGAAGAGCUUGCCCCAUGGCACAAUCACCACUUGGGAUGAAUGCAAGAAGGCCUUUCUUGCUAAGUUUUUCUCCACCGGUCGCACAGCCAAGCUUAGAGGAGAGAUAUCCAGCUUCAUCCAGCGAAACAAUGAGACAUUCGCAGAGGCUUGGGAGAGGUUCAAAGGCUACACAAGUCAGUGCCCACACCAUGGAUUCAACAAUGAAUCACUACUCUCCACUCUUUAUAGAGGAUGCUUGCCUAGGUAUAGGGAGAUGCUAGACACAGCUAGCAAUGGGAACUUCCUCAACCAGGAUGUAGAUGAUGGCUGGCAACUUGUGGAGAACAUAGCUAACUCAAAUGGAAGCUAUGGAGAAGAGUAUGAUCGCACCAACCGGAGCUCGACCCACCACUCGAUCGAGUCAGACGAAAAGUUGAGAAAAGAUGUUAAGGCAUUGAAUGAGAAGUUGGAUAAGCUGAUCCUAGCUCAGUCCACAAUGAAGAAAGUCAACUUUGUGUCUGCUGAGGAGAUGGAACCAGUCCAAGAAGGGGAGGAUACACAAUUUGCUGAGGUGUGCUACAUGAGCAAUGGGCAAGGAGGUUACAACAAAGGAUACUAUAAUUACAAGUCCAACCCUGCCAUGUCAUACCGCAACACUGAUGUUGCUAACCCUCAGGACCAAGUAUAUCCUCAACAACAAGCAGCUCGAUCGAGUCAGGUGCCACAACAUGGGUAUGGUCAAAAGAACAAUUACCAAGGACCACAAGGCACUUUCCCUGGACAACAAAUGAAUAUCCCACCAGGCUUCCCCCACCAACCGCCCCAGCCUGCACCUUCACAAGAGAAUGAGCUCAAGGCAAUGCUAAAGCAACUACUUCAAGGGCAAGCUGAUGGGGUAGUGGACACAAGCAAGAAGCUAGCUGAAAUAAACUCUAAGAUCGAGAACCUCAACACAAGGGUUUACUCUCUGGAGAAUCAUGCUUCUUCUGUUGCUGCUGCUACAAAGCAAGGACAACUACCUGGUAAAGCUAUUCAGAACCCCAAGGAACAGUGCAAGGUCAUCUUCACUCAAGAAGGACUUGUUGAAGAAGAGGAUCAAGAAAGGGUCAUUGAAGAUUUUUGUUUACUGCUGAAUGAUGAAGAGAUUGUUGCUGCUGAGGCUCCUGGAGUCCAGAUUGAUCAACCAGAAGUGCAUGCACCUACUGUGGCCAUUCACACUUCACCAGUUGAGCUCGCACGACAAGCUCGAUCGGCAGCUCGAUCGAGUCCAACUCUAGCUCGAUCGAGUCCGACCUCUUCUGUCCGACAGCCUGUUUUGCUUGAUCCUUAUCAACCGGUUGCCGCUUCCUCGUCUCGCCUACUUAGUCAAGGUCACAAGGAAGUGAUUCACAAGUUCAGAAGAGAUCUCAGUGGGAUUGGAAUUGAGUUGCCUCCUAUGGAUAGCAUGAGUGAGGCAUUUGAUCAAAUGCAAAUGGUCAAGGAUGUUCUAGCCAACAGUGAUAAAGUUUCAGAGGUCCUACAAGAGUCUACUCAUCAGUUCAACCUGCUUACUUCACCCACCUUCCUACCAAAGGUCAAGGAUCAAGGGAAAUUCACUCUCCCUUGCACACUUGGGCAUCUUGAGAUUGACAAUGCCUUAGUGGAUUCUGGAGCAAGCAUCAAUCUGAUCUCUCUCUCCAUGGCAGAGAAGCUAGGCAUAGCUGGAGCCUUGCAGCGCCCUACUACUUCAAUCAUGUUUGGAGAUGCAACUUCUAAGUCUCCUCUUGGAGUGUUCAAGAACUAUCACUUGAAAAUUGGAGAAUGCAUCAUCCAAACUGAUCUCACUGUGAUGGAAAUGGAAGAAGAGAAGGAUUUGCCUCUAUUGGGAACCCCUUUCCUUAGUACAGUUGGCGCUUCAAUAGACUUUCACAAGCAAGAAGUGAUCCUUCACAAGGUGAAUAGUUUGGUGUCAUAUCGCUUGCAGCCUAGAGGUUCAGACUUUUGUGCCACAAUUGACAGUACCAAUCUCAGUUCUAAGAGUCAUGGAGCUACAAAGGUUGUGAAGGAAAGGGUUGACAAGGAACCAAGAGUUGGGAAGGAUAAGGAUGAGAGAGGACCAAGGAUUGAGAAGCCACGUCUUGAGAGGGCUAGAGUUGAGAAACCACGAUCUGAUAGGCCAAGAGCUGAGAGACUUGUUCAAGCCCCUUGUGUGCUUGAUGAAGAGAGCCUUCAAGCUUUGUUUGAUGAGCCACUAGGAAGGGCUCUAAAGAAGGGGAGGAUGCAGCCUCUAAGGCAAGACCAGGAGAUAAAAGAAAGGAUCCACCAGCUCAGGCCCCUUCAGUCAAGCCAUCUCAGCUCACAAUGA